CAGAGGCGGUGGCGGCGAGCCAUUUCAACACUGCUGUCCAUAUAUCCUGUCGUCCGCGUUCUCGCGAGAUCAUGCAGAUGAGCGUCGCGGGCGCGCGUCGAGUGUGCGCAGCCGGUCGGGGCCUGCAGACGUCUGUGUGACAGUAAAGAGAAGUUGGGUGUGGGCCCCGGAGCCGGCCGAGACAGAGUCGCCGAGGCGAUAGGGAGGCCUCCGGAAGACCCCCUUCCAGGCGCACGGGAGGAACGGAGGAGAACUGCGGAUAAGGGAGGGCAGCACCCGGGGCUGGGAGGGGGGAGGGAAUGAAGAUGGCGGACGCCAAGCAGAAGAGGAACCAGCAGCUAAAGCGCUGGAUAGGCUCGGAGACCGACUUGGAGCCGAACAUCGUAAAGCGAAAGAAGUCCAAGGUGAAGUUCGACGACGGGGCCGUGUUUCUGGCCGCCUGCUCCAGCGGGGACAGCGAUGAGGUGCUCAAAUUGCUGGACCGGGGGGCUGACAUCAACUACGCCAAUGUGGACGGACUCACCGCCUUGCACCAGGCUUGCAUUGAUGAUAAUGUUGAGAUGGUCAAAUUUCUUGUUGAAAAUGGAGCCAGUAUUAAUCAACCAGAUAAUGAAGGUUGGAUACCACUACAUGCUGCUUCUUCCUGUGGAUAUGUUGACAUAGCUGAGUAUUUAAUUAGUCAAGGAGCAAAUGUAGGAGCAGUAAAUAGUGAAGGAGACACUCCACUAGACAUUGCUGAGGAGGAGCCAAUGGAGGAACUGCUUCAAAAUGAAGUCAACCGUCUAGGUAUUGAUGUGGAAGCAGCGAGGAAAGAGGAAGAAAGGAUAAUGCUUCGAGAUGCAAGACAGUGGCUAAACAGUGGCCAGAUAAGCGAUGUUCGACAUGCAAAAUCAGGAGGCACAGCUCUGCAUGUAGCAGCUGCAAAGGGUUACACUGAAGUUUUAAAGCUCUUAAUUCAAGCAGGUUAUGAUAUUAAUGUUAAAGAUUAUGAUGGUUGGACGCCACUUCAUGCAGCUGCCCACUGGGGCAAGGAAGAAGCUUGUAGGAUCCUAGUAGAAAACCUUUGUGACAUGGAUACUGUCAAUAAAGUGGGUCAGACUGCACUUGAUGUUGCAGAUGAAGAUAUUUUAGGAUAUUUGGAAGAACUUCAGAAGAAACAAAAAUUGCUUUUGAGUGAAAAACAAGAUAAGUCUCCAUUAAUCGAGUCUUCUACUACCGAAAACAACCAGCCAAUAAAAACACUGAAAAAAGAUACUUUAAUUAUUGAGCAAGAGAAGAACCUUUCAACUAUUGAGUCUCUUGAACAAGAAAAGGCCGAUGAGGAAGAUGAAGGAAAGAAAGAUGAGUCUAGCUGUUCUAGUGAAGAGGAGGAGGAAGAAGACUCUGAAUCUGAAGCAGAAACAGAUAAAGCCAAACAGUCUGCAAAUAGUACAAAUAUUAGAUCUCAAGCGACCACUGGAACAACUGUACCUUCUACCGUGGCAUCUGGGCAAGUCACACCUACAUCACCAAUAAAGAAGUUACCUACUCCAGCCACCAAAAUAUCACCUAAAGAAGAAGAAAGGAGAGACGAGUCUCCAGCAUCAUGGCGCCUAGGACUUCGUAAAACAGGAAGUUAUGGUGCCUUGUCUGAGAUUACUGCAGCCAAAGAAGCUCAGAAAGAAAGAGACUUUACUGGUGUCAUGCGUUCUGCCUCAAGUCCAAGACUUUCUUCUACCCUAGAUAAUAAAGAAAAGGAGAAAGAUGGUAGAGGGACACGGCUUGCAUAUGUAGCUCCAACAAUACCUAGGCGCCUUGCAAGUACUUCUGACAUAGAAGAAAAGGAAAAUAGGGAAUCAUCUGUCGGUUUUUCACGUAUUGGUAGUUCCUAUACAAGGAGAAAAUGGGAAGAUGAAAAGAAAAAUAGUCCUGUGAAUGAGAUUUUAAGUACAGCCUAUCAACGAAGUGGCUCUUUUGGUAGACGGCAAGAUGAACUUAUUGGUUCCGGUGUUUCCGGUUCAACAUCAGGUUCUACACCAACGGUCACAUCUUCUGGGCUUACAAGAAGUCUUUCUAGCACUAUUAGUAAUGCAAGAAGCACACCGGCUUCUUUAGGCUUAUCAAGCAGUACCUCAAACCGUUUCUGGGCAGUGGAGAGUUCUGAAAAAGAGAAGGAACCUGUCCCUACAGCAGUCACCAUUCCAGUUGCCCCAACAGUUGUAAAUCCCGUUACUACAUUCACAUCUAUGACCACAACUUCCUCUGGCACUGUUCCUUCCACAACAGAGGUCAGGGAGAGACGCAGGUCAUACCUCACUCCAGUUCGGGAUGAAGAAUCUGAAUCCCAGAGAAAAGCAAGAUCCAGACAGGCCAGGCAGUCCAGAAGAUCAACACAGGGAGUGACAUUAACGGAUCUUCAAGAAGCAGAGAAAACAAUUGGCAGAACUCGCCCUACUCAAACUAAAGAUCAGGAAAGUGAAGAAAAACAAGACAAAGAAAAACAAGAAGAAAAAAAAGAUUUGGAAAAUAGAAAUGACGAUUACCGGUACAGAUUCUCCCGCAGCGCGGAUGAGAGGUACAAGCUGUUAUCCAGUGCUGCGGUCACAUCGUCAUCCACGCCAUCACUUUCUUCAUCUACUAGCUCUUUAUAUACUUCAAGUCAGUUAAACAGACCAAGCAGCCUAACUAGUCUCUCAUCUUCAUACUCCAACUUCUCAAGGCUUACUUCAAAAGAGCCAGAAAAAGAUGAAAGGAAAGAGGAGGAAAAAGAAUCCGAAGACAGAUCUCAGUCAAAAUCAAUACGAGAAAGGCGGCGGCCAAGAGAAAAGAGACGUUCUACAGGUGUUUCCUUUUUGCCCCAAGAUAGUGAUGAAAAUGACCAAGAGCAUGCGUCGGACACAGAUGACAGCACCAACAGGAAAGACAGCCGAAUAGACAUCCUGUCAAGGUAUCCGGGAACUUCAGGUAUUUUAUCCAGUGACCGAUAUGAAUCAAAUAUUGGAUCUUCUAGUUAUUUAGAAAGAGGAAAACUUUACAGCAGACUAUACAGAGAUGAUUCAACAGAUUUUAAAAAGUUGUAUGAACAAAUUAUAGCAGAAAAUGAGAAGUUAAAGGCCCAGUUGCAUGACACCAACCAGGAAUUAACAGAACUAAAGUUACAGCUUGAAAAAGCAACACAGCGGCAAGAACGAUUUGCAGAUAGAUCACUUCUAGAAAUCGAAAAAAGGGAAAGAAGAGCUUUGGAGAGACGAAUAUCUGAAAUGGAAGAAGAACUUAAAAUGUUACCUGACCUGAAAGCAGACAACCAGAGGCUGAAAGAUGAAAAUGGAGCCUUAAUCAGAGUUAUAAGCAAGCUUUCCAAAUAGAAAAUGGUUUUACCACAGCAGCAGUUUAAUGGCAUUGCACAUGUGUAACUCCAGUGGACCAUAGUGUGGCAGUCACUGGAUCUGUGGGGGAAUAUUCCUUGGCAACUGUAACUUUCACAAAUCCUGCCAAACUCCCUCCUCCUUCUUUUUUUUUUUUUUUCCAUUUUGUACAAAAGAAAAUUUGUUUUGUAUUAAAGUGCGGCUGCUGAGGGGAGAAAAAGUGACUAUGAAUUCUUGUUUACAGUUACAAAGUGCAAGAAAAGUGUUCAAGGCCAGAAGCCUCCUAUAUUUAACCAGUAAGCCUUAGUUGUACAUAUGCCUUUUUGCUAUCAAGCAGCUUUCUGCUACCACAGACAGUUACCACACAGUUUAUGUUGUGCCACACAUGAAAUCUUUCAGUUCACUUUAUUUUUACUUCUAUGUAACAUUCUCUUGAAAUUUUAAGUCGGGUGACUGUGCCAGCAAUUCUUUCAUAUAGUUUGUAGACCGCUUAUUGAAGUACUGUACGUAGCCUGUCAUGUUCACGCUGAUGUUGUACUGACACAGCUUACUGGGAUGUCGGCAACAGAGCUACAGGUUGACUAGGCCUAAUGUAUAGGUUUACAGAAACUCGAAGUGUCACAGUUCAUGACCAUUAGGAAAUCAGUUUUAAUGACUUAUUUGACUACUCAGACAUUAGAGGGGAAGUUGCACUUGGUGUGCUAAGCUAAUCUCUGUAAAAUGAGAAGGUAAAACCUUUUCCCUUCUAGCCAUCACUUUUAUAAGGUUUGAAUGAGAUAUUCAGUACUAUAGCCUCCAUACUCCUUUUUAGCAGGUACUGAGUUGUUUUUUUUUUUUUUUUUUGCAUGUGUAUAUAUUUGUGUGCGUGUAUAUACAGAAGUAUAUAGAUAUGCUAGUUUAUAUCUAUAUAUUGGUAUAUAUGGAGAAGCUGUAUCGUUUCCAAACCACUGUGUGGCAUGCUCAGAUCCACUUCCUUGUCCGCAAUGUCUGUUACUCCAGGUUAGAUUAUUCCUAAGUAGUAGUGAUCUUAAUAAAGUUCAGUCAUUUUAUGGUAUAUUGUCUAUUUUAUGGAGGCGUGACUUUAGUUAUAACUGUAAAAUAUUCUGAUUUUGUUAUUUUUCUUUUUAAGUCACAACUAUUAAAAGUAUGUUAUUAUUUCACUACAUUUCAUGUUUCUUUUGAGUGCUGUCAAUAUCAUUUUGUGCUAGUCAGUGAAGUCACGAUGCUUAUAAUUCUAACAUGCACUCUCUUGUGUAAAUGCACUGUUAUCAUGUCAGAAGGCAUGUAAUUUAAUACCACCAUCAUAUCUAUUUUCUACAUUUCAGUGGCCUUUUUGCAGAAAGUAAAAGUAACAAAUAUUAUAAAUAUGUAUGUGUAUACGGCUAAGUGAGAGUUGCUGCUUUUUUCCUUUUUUUUUUUUUCUUUUUUAAAGCUUUUAUAUUUUCACUGACCUAUGAGAAUGACGGCAUAACAAUGGCACAUGAAUUAUCUAAUCCACUGAAACAGCUUGGUCAUUAAAACAAAGUUGUAAAUUGUAAAGCUUUCAGCAGCUAUUGUAUUGUUGACUAUAAUGUAUACUAUAUUAAAUGUGAAUUUGUACCCCUUUAAUUUACGAAAGAAAAAAAAAAAGGUCAUUGUGAUCUACUGCCUAUUUUUGGGGGGAUUCUUUGGUUAUCCAGACUUUAUGUCCUUCUGUUUUGGUUUCUACGUUUUAUGGAGAUACAUUGCCUUGCUCUUACUGCCAAGCUCAGGAUUCUUGACUUUUUAAAGGUACAAAGAUAAUAGUGGGGUGUUGCUGUUCAUUUAUUGUGUAUGUGAGGGUCUUAAAGAGUUGCAUCUUGAGGAUGCAAGUAAAAGAACUGUACAGCAGACGACGAAACUGCACGAUUGUGGAGAUGCUAGAUUGCUUAAAUUAUGGGUUAUACUUGGCAAACGUUUGGGUGUCUGUGAAGAAUGAUUAAAUAUUUCUAAUUUAGUAUUUUAUAUUUAGUUUAUUUAUUCUUUAUCUAAACAGAUUGGCUACUGUGCUACAGUGAUUUUAUUGGUGGUAAUGAGCAAGCUCUGUAUCUGCAUGAAACUCCUAACAAACCUAGUCUUUUGAGAAAAGUGUAUUUUGACAUAUACAAAUAAAAAUGAAUUAAACUA